CCAAAAAACAGUUCAGUUUAAGAAAUCCACAAAAACUAAACAUUUAGAACAAAAUGAAAUUCACCAUUGUUCUCCUUGCCUGCCUGUUCGCCGUUGCCUUCGCCAACGAAGAAGCCGAUGUCGUUAAGGAAUUCCGUGAAGUCAACAAGGAAGACUUCAAAUAUGGCUACGAAUUGACAAACAAAAUCCGUGCUUUCCAAGAAGGUCAUUUGGAGGAUGAAAAAACCUGGAUUGUCAAGGGUGAAUACGAGUUCGUCACCAAGGAUGGCAAACACGUCAAAGUGACCUACACCGCCGAUGACUACGGUUACCAUCCCAAAGUAGAACAUUCCGAAUAA